AUGGCACCAUUGAACGCUAUAAGGCUCGUCUCGUGGCCAAAGGAUACACUCAAAUUGAAGGUCUUGACUACCAUGACACCUUUUCUCCUACUGCCAAGAUGGUUUCUGUUCAAUGUGUUCUUGCUCUUGUCGCUGCCCACAACUGGUAUCUGCAUCAACUUGAUGUCCACAAUGCAUUCCUCCAUGGCGAUUUAUGAGGAAAUCUAUAUGUCACCUCCUCCUUGUCUUCGACAACAGGGGGAACAUUUGGUAUGUCGCCUUCACAAAUCCUUGUAUGGAUUAAAGCAAGCAUCUUGCCAAUGGUUUUCUAAGUUCAUUGAAGCCAUACAAGCUACUGGUUUCACUCAAUCCAAAGCCGAUUAUUCGCUUUUUACCUGCAAAAUGACAAGUGAGAUACUUCAUGAUCCAGCAAAGUAUAGAAGAUUCAUGCAUGAGCCUCGCAAGCCACACUUAGAUGCCGCCAUGAGACUUUUGAGAUUGGUCGGGAUGUCCAACAACACGAAGGUCAACAAGUGGCUACUGCGUGUUUCUUGGAAAUUCUUUGAUCUCAUGGAGAACAAAGAGACAAAAAACUACCUGAAACUCCCAGACCCAGGACCAGCUACUUUACACUGGGACAACCAAGUUGCGCUGCACAUAUCCGCCAAUCCAGUGUUCCAUGACAGAACUAGACACAUUGAAAUGGACUGUCAUUUUAUCAGGGAUAAAAUUCUGGAUGGAACAGUGAUUACAAGAUAUAUUUCAUCUCAAAAACAAGUAGCAAACGUGUUUACAAAGGCCUUGGGAAAAGAAGAUUUUUCGGCUAUGGGCCCUUCUGCAGUCUCUGCUCAGUCUGGUUCAGAAAUGAAGGAGCUGAUUGGGAGGCCUGGGUCGGUGAGUGGGUUAUUGCUCAGGAUAGGCCAAUUUUCAUGCGCUUCUAUUGCCAUUUCAGUCAUGGUCACCACUGCCGGCUUCGCUACCUUCACUGCUUUCUGCUAUUUGAUUGCAUCAAUGGGGCUUCAACUGCUAUGGAGCUUGGGGCUUGCUUGUCUUGAUAUUUAUGCUUUGUGGAAAAAGAGAGACCUUCAAAAUCCAAUCCUAGUGAGCCUAUUUGUUGUAGGUGAUUGGGUAACAGCUACUUUAUCACUAGCUGCUGCAUGCUCUUGUGCUGGGCUUACAGUUCUGUUUUCAAGAGACCUACAUUUCUGCAAGGGGGAAUACCAUCUCCCAUGCAUCAACUACAAGUUUGCAGUUGCAUUUGCUUUUGUCACCUGGGGCCUUACUGCCAUAUCUUCUCACGUGAUGUUUUGGAUCUUAUUGGCAUCGGUUUAG